CCUCGGCGGGUCUGCAGCCUGCAGCUGGCCGGGGAUGAGCGCUGACAGGCGGACUGAGCUGCACCCAAAGCCGCCUGCCCGCCUCCUCUCCCGGCCUCCAGCCUCCGCAGGCAUUCGGUGAACUUUAAUUUUUGCGCACUUGCUUUCUUCCGUUUUUCCAUGUCAUUUCCUGUGAUAAAAAAUGGUGGUCACAGCUCGGGGGAGGCGACUGAGUCGGUGCAAAAAUUAACGCCAAACUUGUGAUCUGCGGGCAGCGGCGGAGCCAGCGGACGGGGGAGGGGGCAGAGAGCGCGGUUCAUCCCGGGGAGAGGCUCCCAGUCCCCGCUGCGUGUCUGCACGAAGAAAACGAUUCCAGGAAAUGAGCUUUUGUUUUGGUAUGAAACGAACAUUUGGAUCCAGAAUGAUUCCCGCGCUCGAUGACGGAGCGGCGGCGCGUGGGACUCCCGCAGCACUUUGAUGACAGGUAGCUGGUGUGGAGAAAUGUGAACGAUACAAAGAAACGCUUAAACCACGUUUCAGUCUGAGAGCUCAUACCUGUGACCUUCACCUGUCCCCGAUUCUGAAAAACGGAGCUUCAGUUUGUGAAGAGAAACACGAACGGGUGUGAAGUGGACGACGGACCGGAUUUCACCAUCAUGGUUCCACCAUGAGCGAGAACUCGCUGGACCUCUGGUUCUGUGAGGAGUGUCAGGACUAUUUCCAGAAGGAGUGUCCGUCUCACGGGCCCCCACUGUUCGUCCGGGACACGCACGCAGCCCCGGGGACGGCCAACAGGGCGGCGCUCACGGUCCCAUCGGGUUUAGAGGUGUUCAGCGAGGGAGAUGAGGUAGAUGUUCGCUGCGUGGACGCGAUCUACCCGAAGGGGGCGCUGUUUGGGCCGUAUGAGGGAGAGCUGGUGUCCAAGGACAGAUCCUCAGGAUUCUUUUCAUGGAUCAUUGUUGAUGUGCACAACACUUACCAGUCCAUCGAUGGCAGCGAUGAGACCAAAGCCAACUGGAUGAGGUACGUGCGGACCUCGUUGGAGGAGAGCGACAGGAACCUCACGGCGUUUCAGCACGGUAAAAACAUCUACUUCAGAGUCUGCCGGGCGCUGGCGGCCGGAGAGAAGCUGAGGGUCUGGUACAGCGACGAUUACAUCAGACGACUUCACUGCGUUUCUCAGGAGAGCAUCGACCGCAACCUGGACACAGGUCCUGGGAAAGACUUCAAGUCCCCAUGCCUGCAGUCAGCUCUGCAGGGCAAACUGAGCAAACAGCCGAGCGAAGAGUCCGACGGUCAGCCUCCGGCCAAGAGAAAGAAGAUCGACCUCAUCUUCAAACACGUCCUAGAAGCUUCUUUGGAGGACUCUGGUAAAUUCAGGUUCCGGUCUGGCCAAACCAGCGAGUAUAAAGUACCAGCCCUGGUUUCGGGGUUUGAUUCCUCUGAGAGCGGCUUUGGCGUUCCCAACCUGAAGGUGGAAGAGAAGGAGGAGGAGAACCAGAGCACAGAGAAACCCUCCACCUCCUUCUGCCCCAACUGUGUGAAGCUGAAGAGGAGGAUCCUGGAACUGGAGGAGGAGCUGUCCCGUCUCCGAGGAGAACAGGGAGACGCUGCUGCUCCGGCGACGUCCGAACAGACUCAACGCGAUCAGGCCCCACCGCACCCCGAGCAAGGCCCCAUCGAGGAUUUUCAAGGGAUGGAGCCCUUGACACCCACUCAGGUGGUUCUGGACGAAGACGAGCAGGACGUGGACUCUGCCGAUGAGUCCAUCGCUGCAGAUCUUGUGAUAUCUCCCGAGGACUCGUCGAAGCUUUCCUCCGCAGGAGGCAGACGGAUUCGACGCUUCAAGCAGGAGUGGCUGAAAAAGUUCUGGUUCCUCCGUUACUCGCCAACCCUGAAUGAGAUGUGGUGCCACGUGUGCCGCCAGUACACCGUCCAGUCAUCCCGCACCUCAGCUUUCAUUAUCGGCUCCAAGCAAUUCAAGAUCCACACCAUCAAGCUGCACAGCCAGAGCAACCUCCACAAGAAGUGUCUGCAGCUGUACAAGCUGCGCAUGCAUCCGGAAAAGACCGAGGAAAUGUGCAAGAACAUGAUGCUUCUCUUCAACGCAGCGUACCACCUGGCCCUAGAAGGGCGGCCCUUCUCCGACCUCCGUUCAUUGGCAGAGCUCCUGAAGAAGUGCGAGCUCAAAGUGGUAGAUCAGUAUAUGAAUGAAGGCGACUGUCAGAUCCUAAUCCACCACAUCGCCCGGGCUGUGAAGGAGGAUCUCGCAGAGAAGAUGCGUCUGUCUCCCUUCCUGAGCGUCAUAAUGGACGCCCAAAACGAUGACCUUUUCUCCGACAUGGUGGCGGUCUACGUCCAGUUCGUUACCAACGAGGGCUCCCCAAACACAGAGUUCCUGUCCUUGCAAAGACUGACCAUGGCCAAUGUGGAUGGGUAUCUCCAGGUCAUGGAUCGUGCCUUUGGUGUCCUAGGCCUCCGGUUUCAGGACUUGCUGGUGGUCGGUUUGGGGGUGGACGGCACCAACAUCUCUUCAGGAAUGAGAGCAAACCUUUAUAUAGCUGUCCAAAAAACCUUUCCCUGGAUCCUCUGUCUUCCCAUCAUGAUCCAUCGACCACAUCUGGAAGUUCUGGAUGCCAUCAGUGGAAAGGAGCUCUCCUGCCUGGAGGACCUGGAAAACAACCUCAAACAGCUUCUCAGUUUUUACCGCUACUCCCCUCGCAUGAUGGCCGAACUGCGAUCCACUGCACCAACACUGUCAGAGGAGACGGAGUUCCUAGGAGACAUCAGAGCCAUACGCUGGAUCAUAGGAGAGCCCAACGUCCUUAAUGCGCUCAUCAAGGAUUACCUGGAGGUCGUUGCACACCUUAAGGAGAUCAGUAGCCAGACACAGAGGGCUGACGCUGCGGCCAUCGCGCUCACCCUCCUCCAGUUCCUCAUGGACUAUCAGUCAGUGAAGCUCAUCUACUUCCUGCUCGACAUCAUAGCUAUCCUGUCACGAUUGGCCUUCACCUUUCAGGGAGAGUACCUGCUGGUGUCGCAGGUGGAAGCCAAGAUAGAGGAGGCCAUUCAGGAGAUAGGCCAGUUGGUGGACUGCCCCGGAGAAUAUCUGCAGGAGUUUGAGGAAAAUUUCAGAGAAAGUUUUAACGGAGUUGCCUUGAAGAACCUGCGCGUUGCAGAGUCCAAGUUUCAGUCCAUCAGAGAAAAGAUCUGCAACAGGAGCCAAAGCAUCCUGUCUCAGAGGUUGGACCUGCAGAGCUGCUCAUUUGCCAAAGCCUGCAAGGUGCUGGACCUGUCCACCUGGCCCAGCAACCACGAGGACCUGCAAGCCUACGGGGACGAGGAAAUCAAGAUUAUAUUCAACCACCUGGAAUCGAUUCCCACCGCAGCCCAGGAGGUCUCCCAGACGGAGGCCAGAGGCAGCCUGGUGGUGGAGUGGAAGGAUCUGAAAGCGGACUACUACAGUAUGAACGGUUUUAAAGAGGUGAUCGGCCACAUCUGCAGGUACAAGCAACGCUUCCCGCUGCUGAACCGCAUCGUGCAGGUCGUCAGGGUCCUGCCCAGCUCCACGGCCUGCUGCGAUAAGGGCCGAGGGUCUCUGCAGAAAAUGUGCAAGAACAACCGCUCCCGGCUGACCCUGGAACAGAUGAACGAUCUGCUGACUGUGGCUGUUAAUGGACCGCCCAUCGCAAACUUUGACGGGAAGCGAGCAUUGGACAGCUGGUUUGAGGAAAAGUCCGGCAGCAGCUACUCGCUCUCGGCUGAGGUGUUGAACAGGAUGUCGGCGGCUGAUCAGAAAUGCGUGCUGCACAGCGUUGACGUCAACGCAGAAUUCUACCCUGAUGUGUAACAUGCAGAUCCUGUGCUGCUGAAAGAUGUGGUGUGCAGCCAAACAAGGGUAGACGCUGAAUUCAGAAAAGCCGUGACGUCACAAUUACUGCCACCAAAUUCAGCUGGAAGAACAAAAGCAGCCAAUCGGUGUGAAGAGGCAGAAAAUCAAACAUCCCAAAAAUUCCACUAAAAACUCAAGAAAACCCAAACGAGCCAUGUGAGCGCGUCUUGACCUUCAGUGGCCUUUGGCUCGUUCAGUCAUCAGGUUCUGGGAACACUUUCUGCACGGCCACCAAAAUGUUUGUUGUGAAAUUUUAGCUUCAUAUAUCAAAAAUGUUUCAACAUAUAGGAUUUUAAAAAUGGCUCUGUAGACUUACUUCCAGCAGCUUUUAUCUUUUUUUGCAGUUUGAAAUCUGAGGCCAUGUUUGAAUAUGAGUAUCUCCAAAACUGUUAAAUGUUAAACAUACAAGUAGUGGGACUCUCCAACAUUUGCUCUCAGAGGUGAAACGUCUGGAAACCUGGAGGCCAGUCGCUUUUCUUUGCGAGCUCCUUAGACGACCGUGACCUGGUGAGAACCUUCACAGACAUAAUGAUAUAAAACUUUUCAUAUGAGAAAUAAACUUAGCAAAGCAAUUAAGACUUGUGAAAAGGGGAUUUCUAGCUCAUUUCCCAUGAUUGGCAGUCGGAUACAAGACAAACAUGACCUCAUAGUGGGUGAAAAUAAAUAUUUAACAUAUUAAGCUAAAGUUUCACAGCAAUCCUUUUACAUGUCCAAACUUUUGAUCGUGAGACCUUUGGACAAAUCGAAGGUGGUCGAGCCGAGAGCCCACGGCGACUGAGAUAGACUGAAGAAGCGUUUCUCCACAGAGCUUCAGCCUGCAGUCUGCUCGUUCUGCUCGUGAACGUGCGAAAGCUCAUCAUCAGCUGCAUUUAAAGGAGCUACAGAAACACACGUUAUGAAGAUGAAGGCCUCUGCAGACCAGAGAAAAUGUCACAUGACCUUUUAACAUCCACCAGCUCAACUGGAAAUCUUACUAAGACGAACUCCGAGUCAGACUCUCUGUAAAAGGCCUGAUCUGACUGCUAUGGUAUUCUGGUCUCUGUGUGAAUGGGUUGCAACCUAAUCUCGACCCAAGUGAACAAAAAUGACCGCAAAGUGCUUCAAAACGUCCCAAAUCGAUGCAAAACGACGUCCAAAAGGCUCCGAGAGACCCACGACCUCCACGGAGA